AUGUUAUUUUAUUUUAUUUUUUCAUUCGUAGUCCAUCUACAUUACUCUUUUUUCAAAUUUGGAAAUUUAUACAAAGCCAAAACGGAGUUGGUCACUUUACUUGCUCUAUUCCAACAAACAAUGUCUGGAUUACUUGAUUCUUUUACGAGGAUCCGUCCCGUCGAUAUCCCUCUUCCCUACGACGAGUCUUUGUAUCUCUCUCUUUUGGACGAAUUCCAGAUAAUCCAUUUGGUUUAUCACCGAAAUUUAAAUCAACAUCACGUAGCUAAAUGGUGGUCCGAUCUAGAUAUAUUGAGAAGACAUUUAAGGAAAGUUCUACUGCUGAUCCAUGAUAUCGAUGAAAUACGAACUUUACGUAGAUUGACGGGCGUACAAUGGAAUGACGGGAAAAAAACUUUUGUUAAAGUGUUUGAAGUACCCAAAAUGACCGAGAGGUCUACCUUCAAAGGUAAAAAGUCUACAAAGAGAGAACUCAAGCUGAAAAAGCAUAACCAGUUGGAUGAUGUGAAGGCCGUCGAAUUAAUCAAUGGAAAACUGAAAUUACUGUUCAAAGAAGUUCGUUAUCUGAAUAAAAAAUGUAUACAAAGGUGCUAUUGGUCGUUUAUGGGUGUCAUUGAGCUUGGUCAGUUUGUUAAUAUUGGGUUUACCGUUGUGGGGGCUCUUGCCAAAGUUUUUUCAUUGUUGAAACAGUUUGACGAUACUGGUCUGAACAAACCAAUCACGGAAAUGGAACGCGUGGAAGAAAUGGAGGUUAAUAAUAAAAAGGAGGUUGAAGAAGGUAAGAAAGAUAUUGAAAGUGGUAGGGGUUUCGAUAUCGGGGAACCUAUUGAUAUUGAGGGUCCUGCUCCUAUUGCACAACCUAUCGAUAGCGAACGACCUUCUACGAUUGAAUCCGUAACCGGGCAGAGUUCUAAGAAAAAGAAGAAGUCAAGUGCCAUCGAAGAUAUAUUUGGAGGUACCACAAAGAAGAAGAAGAAGAAAAAAUCAAAGAAUACAAUGGACGAUAUAUUCGGGUUUUAA